UUCUCGCGGGCCACCGAAAACAAGCAAUGGUUCCCAUAUUUCCUCUCUGUCCAGGUAUUUAUUGUAUAUUGUAAUUUAUAUUUUUCGGACAUGAUGGAAAGCGCUAGUGUGCAGCAGCCCAACGCAGAAAGCAGCACCUCACCGCAGGCGGCUAAACGCGCCGGCGACUCCCCGGCAGCGGAGUCAGCACCGGCGGACAAAGGCAGCGCGACGCCGUCUCCGACCCGCGAGCCUGCAGCGGCCGAACCAACCGAGGAGGAACCGGCUCAAGACCCAAGCGCUGAUGCCUCCGCCACUGUGAUUACGUUUGACCUGGCAAGGUUUCGUAAGGCCGGCGAGAAGACGUUCACUCAGCGGUGCCGUCUCUACGUGGCCAACCUUCAUGCGGACAUGCAGGAGGAGGACUUUAAGAGCAUCUUCGCCAAGUACGGCAGCGUUAGCGAGGUCUUCAUCAACCGAGAGCGAGGCUUCGGUUUCGUGCGCCUGGAAACCCGAACACUGGCUGAAAUUGCCAAAGUUGAACUGGAUGGCACAACCGUGAACAAUCGACCAAUCAGAGUCCGCUUCGCGAGCCACGGCUCUGCUCUUAAAGUGCGCAACUUGUUGCCGGUUGUGACCAACGAGCUGCUGGAGCAGGCGUUCUCACAGUUCGGGCCGGUGGAGCGAGCCGUCGUCGUCACGGACGAUCGAGGGCGUCCUGUUGGGAAAGGAAUUGUUGAGUUUGCAAACAAAAUGGCCGCACGUAAAGCUCUGGAGCGCUGCACCGGCGGUGCACUGCUUCUCACCACGACUCCUUGUCCAGUUAUUGUGGAACCCUUGGAGCAGUUUGACGAUGAGGAUGGCGUGCCCGAAAAAAAUAUACCUAGGACUCCAAAGUACCUGAAGGAACGAGAAGCUCCUCCUCAUUUUGCUCAACCUGGGACAUUUGAGUUUGAAUAUGCGUCGCGCUGGCGAGCGCUCGACGAGAUGGAGAAGCAGCAGCGUGAGCAAGUGGACAAGAACAUUAAAAUGGCCAAGGAGAAGCUGGAAGCCGAGCUGGAGUCGGCCAAACAUGAGCGACAGCUGAUGUUGAUGAGGCAGGACUUGAUGCGGCGUCAGGAGGAGCUGCGGCGACUGGAAGAGCUUCGGAAUCAGGAGCUGCAGAGAAGAAAGCAGAUAGAAAUGAGGCACGAAGAAGAGAGACGAAGGAGGGAGGAGGAGAUGAUGAGACAUGGUGGGCAGGAGGAGAUCAGACGCCAACCAGAGGGUUUCAAACCAAACUACAUUGACAAUAGGGAGCAGGAUGUGAAAGGCGGCGAGCUUGGCCUUCGUGGAGUCAACAACAUGGCAGAUGCUUUCAACACGGCUGCAGGGUCGAGCGGUCACCAGGGUCAAAUGAUGGGCUUCGUUGGCCGAGGAGCACCGAUGGUGGCAGAGGGGCUGCCAAAUAUGGUGGGCGCAACCAUAAAGGCUGAGAAUGGAGCUAUGCGAAAUGAUAAAUACCCUCAAGGGGGCGCAGUCGGGGGACGACCAGAGGUCGAGUCUCCACAGCAGCAGCUACAGCUACAGCUACAGCAGCAACAGCAACAGCAACAGCAACAGCAGCAGCAGCAGCAGCAGCAGCAACCACCACCACCACAGUUGGGGCCACAAGUGGGACCACCACUUGGGUUCAACGCUGGCAGCCCAGUCGGCGGAGUGUUUGACGGUCCAAACAAUAAGCGCCGCAGAUACUGAUGCGGCAUCUCAACAGCCUUUAAGACGGCCUGCUACUUUCUUUUGUUUCUUCAUGCUGUAAUAUGUGCAGUUUGGAAGUUUGAAAUAUGGACUCAGAGUCAAGGAUGUCAUAUUUUAUUCUAUUUUUAUAACUGAAUGCCUAAUAUUAUUUGAGUGUGUGUUGUUAGUACCUGAUGACAGUCCAAACCACACUCUCACUCAUGUCUAAACAUUGGACAUGGUCCUCCAGGAACAGCCUGAAGAUACUGUCUUGCUUCACAAACGCUACUGAGAAAUAAAGGGUCUGGGAGUGAUGUGUGUCUCUUGGUGGUGAAAGCUAAACCUGAGGGUGACUUUGUACAAGGUCUCAGUGAAGAUACAUCGUGUUAUUACCGAGCUUAAGAGGACACCAGAGGCUGUUGGUGGUGCUUCACGUUGUUGAACUCCUCUUUCGCGACAGCAAUGAUCUGCAGGAAACUGAACUGAAUAUUUUUCUUGGCGCAUCCACUCUCAUCCAGGGGAACGCAGCCCUGCAUGUGGACCAGGACAUACACUACUUAUGAUCAGUAGCUGCCAGAACUAGCAAUGGGUUGAUCAGGAUUCAUAAAACGGUGUCAUGAUUUUCAGAGGCCACCAGGUGGCACUGUCUCCUGUAAAAUUCGUGUUGGGUUGUGAUGUAAGAAGAGCGCUAUCCAGUAUAGACAUCUAUACUGUUUCAUGAUACCUCAUGUACCCAGCACUAGCCAGUACCUGUGGAACACAUGGCCUCGCAGUGCCACACCACCAAUUGUUAAACAUCAAACCCUUGUCCUGGCAGCCAGUUGCAGUGAGGCAGACUGAGUUUCUAGUUUUGACACUGCUGCGCUAAGGUGAGACUUUCACCCAGUCCGCCUCAAACAGUGGAGCGGGUCCCUCUCGUGAUUUCUGUUCUUUUUAACUUCAGGUAAAUUGAUGCACUUUUUUUUCUGUUACAGACAAAAACAAUGUUAAUUUUUCUUUUCUUUAAUGCUAACAAGGAUACAAUGUUAUGCAGAGGUGUACUUGCGAUCAUUUUAUAGACAAAUGAUACUAUUUACCAAGACAGUGAAGAGUUGGUGCCGCGAAACAUUUACUUAGUGCAGCUGAUCCGUUAAGCCAACAUGAACAUGGUGGUUCCACAGAAAUGUGUGAUUAUUGAAGGCGUGUGUGGCUUCCUCCUCCAUCUUUUCAUUGUUUACAGUUGAUCUGUGUGCAGUACUUUGUCAACUCUGAUCAAUGCAUUGUCUUUCACAUUGGGUGAAAUGGAAUCAAGGCCUCGCAUGUAAUAAUGCUUGGUAAUAGACCAUUUAUUUAUUCUUUGGGAGACCCAAUAAAAACUGA